AUGGGUGGGAGGAAUGAAACCAAAGUCAUGUAUUUCAUUCUCCUGGGUUUUCCCACCACUGCUGAACUGCAGCUGCUUCUCUUCUCUGCUUUACUUCUGGCUUAUUUAUCUACUGUGUUCGAAAACUUCCUUAUCAUUCUCAUAAUCCAAAAUAAUCACAGUCUGCAAAAACCCAUGUAUUUCUUCCUAGGGAAUCUGUCUUUCUUAGAGAUCUGGUAUGUUUCUGUCAUUGAGCCAAAGAUGCUUAUAGACAUCCUCUCUCAUGACAAAUAUAUCUCAUUCCAGGGGUGCAUAACACAGUUGUAUUUCUUUGUGACUUUCGUUUGUACUGAGUAUAUUCUGUUAGCUGUUAUGGCCUAUGACCGCUUCUUGGCCAUAUGCAAACCUCUCAGAUACUCACUCAUCAUGAAUCAUCAGUUUUGUGCUCAGUUGAUAGCUGGCUGUUGGAUGUGUGGUUUGACCACUUCUUCUAUCAAGCUGAGCUUUAUAGCCCAGCUCUCGUUCUGUGAUGUAGGUGAAAUCAAUCAUUAUUUCUGUGAUAUUUCACCCUUACUGAAUAUCUCCUGCAGUGAUUCCUCUUUGGCUGAGCUUGUGGACUUCAUCUUGGCUCUGCUGGUCAUCAUGGUACCUCUUUGCACUGUGGUGACCUCCUAUAUUUGCAUCAUGUUCACUGUGUUGAAGAUCCCUUCUUCUCAGGGGAGGCAAAAGGCCUUUUCCACCUGCAGCUCCCAUUUGACUGUAGUGUUAUUGUUCUACUCCACCACUCUUUUCACUUAUGCCCAUCCUAAGCUCAUGUAUACCUAUAGCGCUAACAAGUUGGUAUCAGUCCUGUACACAGUAGUUGUGCCACUCCUGAAUCCUCUUAUAUAUUGUCUUAGAAACAAGGAAGUCUGGUUUGCUCUGGGAAAGACCUUUACUUGCACAAGACACACCUGA